AUGACAGAACGGAUGAUGAUGAUGAUGAUGAUGAUGAUGAUGAUGAUGAUGAUGAUGAUGAUGAUGAUGAUGAUGAUGAUGAUGAUGAUGAUGAUGAUGAUGAUGAUGAUGAUGAUGAUGAUGAUGAUGAUGAUGAUGAUGAUGAUGAUGAUGAUGAUGAUGAUGAUGAUGAUGAUGAUGAUGAUGAUGAUGAUGAUGAUGAUGAUGAUGAUGAUGAUGAUGAUGAUGAUGAUGAUGAUGAUGAUGAUGAUGAUGAUGAUGAUGAUGAUGAUGAUGAUGAUGAUGAUGAUGAUGAUGAUGAUGAUGAUGAUGAUGAUGAUGAUGAUGAUGAUGAUGAUGAUGAUGAUGAUGAUGAUGAUGAUGAUGAUGAUGAUGAUGAUGAUGAUGAUGAUGAUGAUGAUGAUGAUGAUGAUGAUGAUGAUGAUGAUGAUGAUGAUGAUGAUGAUGAUGAUGAUGAUGAUGAUGAUGAUGAUGAUGAUGAUGAUGAUGAUGAUGAUGAUGAUGAUGAUGAUGAUGAUGAUGAUGAUGAUGAUGAUGAUGAUGAUGAUGAUGAUGAUGAUGAUGAUGAUGAUGAUGAUGAUGAUGAUGAUGAUGAUGAUGAUGAUGAUGAUGAUGAUGAUGAUGAUGAUGAUGAUGAUGAUGAUGAUGAUGAUGAUGAUGAUGAUGAUGAUGAUGAUGAUGAUGAUGAUGAUGAUGAUGAUGAUGAUGAUGAUGAUGAUGAUGAUUACUGUAGUGGACGAGAACGCAAAUAAUAUGAUUAAAUAUGUUAGUUAUGAAUAUUUCUAUAGUCAUGUCAACACUCUACCAAAUAAAACUUUAAAUAUGCAAAAUACUCCAUUUUAA